CGGCAAGUGGGGAGUACUACAAGUGAAUAGACACUCCCAGCCUUGACAACGGUCGUUUUUCAUGUAGGCGAUAAACAUCACGACAGGAGGUCGAGGCCCUUUAUAAUUCUCCUCCUGCUUGGACCAUGGGACGCGACAGGCCUAAAACCGCCACCACGAGUGUGGUGUGCACCUUGCCUAGUUGCUCGAGGCACGAUGUCCACCUCUCACGGACUACGAGGCCAAAGUCCUCUGGUAGGGCAAUGGACAGGACAGCUUCGCUCGAAGCGGCGUAUAAGACGAUAGACGCGGAUAGGGAGGAAGUGGUAAUUCGAAUUUGACAUAAAAGGUUGGUCUAGCUGUAGUGUGAGGACAUCAAAACACGUUUUUAUUAAAAUGUUACUAGACUUAAGCGCCCGGUAGCACUCCUCCCACUAGGAUCUUCCACCCUCUGCACGCACUUCCCUCGCUCCCCCGGCUCCUUCCCCGCGCGACAGCCGUCUGGUGGAGUUGGUCGGUGGAACAGCGCAAGAGUCGGGCCCUCGGCGGCCUGCGGCCAUUGAAAAGGCACGCCUGGAAAUGGUAGGCCUGGGAGUUUGCUGGUCUUCUAUUAGGUUUAGCAUCUCUGUGGAAAGCUGAAGGCUUAUUUAAGUUUCAAAUUUUUAAAAUUCGCGCCCUGUGCAGAAAGUUAAAAACUUUGCAUCCAAUUUUUUCAAAGUUUUAUUUUCUUUGAUAAAAUCAAAAAUUUUGCUAUUUUCGCGUUUUCAAAUUUGACGCUUCAGCUUAAAACUUUUCAAAGUGUCAAAGUUUUUAAUUUUAUCGCCUAGCGAAUGAAUUUAAAUGCCAGGGUGGCGCGUUGUAGGAAGUUCGUAAGUUCAUAAGUUCAUGCACGUCCUCACAAUAUUUUUGCCGCACAUCGACAUCACAGCGAAUCUACAUCGAAGUGGCUCGAAGAUGCAUGGAGAACGGCGGUAAGAUUCUAGACCAGGCUAAGGGCAGUCCCCGCUUCCAGGAAGCGUUGAAGAGGCAGGGUCUAGAAUGGCAUGAGAUCGAAAGCGAACAAGAUGAGAUGUACUUCUACUUCUACUUUUUUAUUUCACGACAACUACUAGACGAGUGGUCCAUUUUCUUCAUACAGUUCCUCGAUUUUUUUACGACCUUGGAAAGGCAAUUCUUGUAUUGCUUCAUUUCCUGAUGUUCAUACAUCAGAUCUUUUCAUCUGUGUUGCAGCAUUGUGCUCAUGCAAAUGAAAUUUCAUCACUUAAAAUUCUUGAUCAUACUAGUCCCGACGCUUUUCACCAGGUACAAGACAAAGCUUCUAACGGACGUUUUUCUCGAGAGGAAACGAAUUACUCAGGAAAAUGAGACGGCGGCUGAUGCGAAGCGGAGGUUCAACAAGUACAUAGACAAAUUGAACGAGGAGGAGACGAACUUUAUUCGCCACGAAACAAGACGCCAAAACGCGCGCGAAAGAUGUCGGAAUGUCUAUAAGCAGAGGAAACAGGCUGUGGCGGUACUAGAUUCAGUUUUUGAUAGAAACAUGUCGCAAAAACCCUGUCUUGAAUCAUGUUCAACAAAACAUCAACUUUGAUGUUAUGGUAACAUCAAUCUCCCUGCUCUCCGUCAACCCAGGAUCGAGAACACGAGUCGUUUAUCAAGAGUCAAAGGCGGAUGGAGAGGGACAAUAGCAACGCGGAGAAGCUGCGACAACAAGCGGAGGCGCGGGCAAAAAAGGUACUUGUUGAACUUGUUGAUGCCUUUGCCAGCUGCCUUCUUGUUACGACUGUACUACAAUUAUUGGAAUCUUCUGAAUUGGCGGUAAAAAAACCAAGUAGAUGAGUUAUCCUCUUGAUGUUCACGCUUAGGCUAAUUAGUUCCCACGACCGAGCUUUUUCUUGCAUCACGACCAAGGUCCAAGAGUGUUUCGACUUAGCCAACCGUCGUGAGCAAGAAAAGAUCGACGCCAUUAUGGAGAGGCGAAAUAAGACGGAAGAAAGGAUGAAGGAGAGGGCUGACAAGCAAGCGGAGGAGGCAAUAGCAAAACAGCGCCACGAGGAGGAGAUGGAGGAGAUGAGGCAGAAGCGCUAUGAAGUAAUCGUCAACGCAAAACAAGAAAAAGUCGAUGAAUUUCAGUCGAAGUACUUACUUGUUCUUUUAUUUAGUUCUUAUUUUUAUUUUUCGCCUACUUAAGUACUCAGGGUUUUGAGUACUAGGCAGUUGUUGUUGUAACUACUUGUUCAUAGACCUGGAUAUGAUCUUCUUUAUGAACCAAACCCACAUGCAAAUCCUUCCAAUCUGAUCUUGAAAUUUCAGGCUUAACGAGAAAAUGAAGCGGUCUGCGGAACACAAGCAACACUUAACGGAGGAGCUGAAGGCAAUUAAAGAGAAGCAAAACCUAGCGAUGAAGCAUCGGCAGCACCACUGCCUUCGUCUCGAGAGGCAGAGACAGUACUACUACUUGUUUCUCAUCAUGCUUUCUUUAUCUUCUUUUGCAAGUGAAAUGAUCCUUCCGUGAUCGAAUACGCGAACACGCACAAGAACAAAUUGUUUUUCAUUUCUUUCGUUCUUGAUGCCAUGACACUCAUAGUGUGACGUCAGCAUCUGAAUCACAGUUGAUGAUGAUGGAUGUGAGACUUCUUCAAUUUACAACAAGGUACUACAACGAGCGCCGCGCAGACGAUGUGAUAAUAAACCAAGUUGGGCACGUCCUUCAGUCCGAGUUAAGGAAUGCAGUGCGAAGGCAGCGACAAGAAUGGGAGAAGAAGAAGCAAGUCUUCGAACUUAGCAUGGUACUAGAAUAUUUUUUUUCUACUUCUGUUCGAUGCUUCUGCUUACUUGAUUUCGCAAUCGCCCUAGGCGAAACUCCAUCAUGGUUUCAUCAACCAUCCCCAUUAUCAUUAUCUUCCACCAGGUCGAAAGCGACCGAGAGUUGAAGAAAAUGGACCCUCCUGGUCCAGGUAGAUACGAUCCGGAGAUCCCCAAAAAGUAUGUAGGAUGGACCAUGCCUAAAUACGUUCAAACGCAGGCGACAUUCAAGGGUCCUGGUCCAGAAACGUACUCAAUCAAGAGAGAUUUGAAGUUAUGGCCUUCACCAGAUUGUAAAAAUCGUGGUAUUUUUGAAUAUUAGCUGCUCUCACAACUUCAACUUGUUGUUGUUCAUCGGGUAUCGAUUCUCAGUUCUGAAAUAAAGCGAUCAAGGUGAAUUUGUCGUCAACUGGUGAUUCGUUCCUGCCAGCUCUAAUCCCCGUCGGCAGCGUCAAAUGGUUCAAGCCAAGGGAAACCGUAAAGCCUGAUCCUCAAGUCUCUCCUAGCGCCGAGGACGAGGAAGGCCAAAAAGUAAGGCAGGUGAACCGCGAAAGCGCUCUGUCUGUGUCUCCGAGACCGAAAUUCAUCGGACCCGGGCCGGCGAACUACCACACGCCACCUCCUAGGAAGUACAGAGGCAUCGACGACGUGAUGAGCGACUUCGAUGAGCUGUGCAACAACUACUCAACGCGCAUGAUGGCGAGUCCAAGAGGAACUGUGAGGAAUAGAUACGGCAAACCAGACAACAUCAUCACACUACCAGUAGAACAGAGCAGUGGUGGUCACGUCCACGUGACCUCCUCGACCUCGUCUACUGGAGCUGCAGGUGGAGGCGUUCCUGCAAGCAAGAAAGCGAAGAAAACUAAUGUAGAAAGGCCUGCGCAUAUGCAGCCAGGCGGAUCGCCGCUCGAUGAGAUGAUCGCAAGGGAGGUUCCGGAGGUAGCUGCGCACAACAAUAUCGGAAGGACUGUUAAGACUUCCCUAAUAAUUCAUCUCUAUAGUGACGUAGCUAUAUUAGGGAGAGAGCCCUCAAGAACCGUAUGCCUCCCAAUACAGGGGAGUAGAUAUUGGAAAAUAUUCUUGAGGGAUUUCCUCAGGGAUGAAUUGGCUUGAUGUCUAAGACUGGGAGUAAGGGGACAACAGCUAAGAGUCGACAUAGAGAAGCAAUAGAGAAAGCCGCAGCAGAAGGUGGAGAACCGUCAGAAGCACAGCAUGGCGCUGCGGCAACCGCGCCUGCUCGUCGUGCAACGUCCAACUCUAGAACUGCUUCGAAAGAAGCAGCCCGUGCUGCCGCGGAAAAGGCCGUCGCAGAAGUAGAAACGACUACUGACGCGCCUGCUCCUGCAGCUCCGCUGGAAGAGACACCUGCAGCAGAGGCUGAGCCCGUGGCAGCUCCUGCUGAGGAAGGAGCCCCAGAACGAGCAUCUUCAAAUCCAGCUGCUGGUCUAGGUCGUGAGAUGACGCGCAAGGUAGAGGAUCACGAGGUGGGAGCAGAAGACACUGUUCCUGAAGAAAAACCAGUCGAAGCUGAUCCUCCAGCUGUAGAAGCACCGGUACUAGUAGAGGAGCCUCCUGUAGAGCAUGUAGCGGAUGCAGCUGCUGAUGUAGUCCCUCCACCUGCUGAAGAAGUAACCGUAGAUGCGGCACCACCCGCUGUAGAAUCAGAGGUCGUAGACGCUAGUGCUACAACAGAGGCAGUGGUACCAGAGGCUAUCCCAGAGGCCCAAGAUGAGCCAUCAGCCACGACAGAAGUUGAUCCUCUAGUAGCGACACAAACAGGAGAAGAUAGUGCUGGUGCGAUCACGGUACUAGAGCAACCUGGAGCAGACGAAUCAGUAGUGGAAGAAGCUGCACCAGCAGCUGAAGAACCAACACUAGAAGAAACUGCAGCGCCCACAGCAGGAACGACACCACCCGUAGUAGAAGAAAAUGCUGAAGCUGCACAAGCAGCUCCAGCUGAGGAAGCACCAGCUGCAGCGGAGGAGACCCCUGUAGCCGAAGCACCAGCCGCUGUCGUGGAAGCUUCUGCAGAUUCACCGGCGCUUCCUCCCGCAGAAGCCCCAUCUGAGGCUCCUGCAGAAGUGCCUCUAGCUCCUCCAGUAGCGGAAGAAGUAGCAGCUGGCGGAGAGCAGGCCGCCGCAGAGGCUGAUGCUGCUCCUGCAGCGGUUGUAGAGGAAGCUGUUGCUGAAGAACCCGCAACAGUCGCGGAUGAGCAACCCCCGGCUCCCAUAGUUGCGGAGAAAUCAACUGAAGCACCAGCGGCAGAAGAAGCUGCGCCACAGCAAUUCGUCAAAGCAGAAGUAGAUCUUGAAUCCGUAGAAGAGGUUGCGGCAACUACUGAAGAAGCUCCUGCAGCUGAUGAAGCAGUUGCCGCUCCUAGUGGCGAGGCUGCAGGAGAGGCUGGCCGCGAAGAUGUAGCUGCUGCGACAGAAGAUGUAGCUGCUGCAGCACCAGAAGAAGCAGCUACUGGUGAAAAAGCUCCCGUAGAAGAAGCAGCACAAGCAGCAGUAGAGGAAAAAGCGGCAACUGGAGGAGGAGAGGAGGUAGCAGCCGAGGCGCCAGCUGCGGCAGAUGCCGAGGGUGAAAAAGCUACUGCAGCUCCUGCAGAAGAGGCUCCCCCUGCGGAAGCUGCAGCUCCAGAGGAGAGUGCGGAGCCAGCUGCAGAGGCCGCUGGUGAACCCGCUGAGACUGCAGCACCGGCGGAGGGCGAGGUGUAAGAAGGGCAACUGUCAUGAUCGAGGUUAUUGUUAAAUGCGUCGUCGUCAACAUCAUAAAUCAGUAGACUUCUCCUGGUACGAUUAUUCAGAAAAAAACGAAAGCGAAUUACACGUUGAGCAGUUCGUACAGAUUACAUUUGUCAUUUUAGCUAUAAUAGGUAGAGAGUACAUAACAAUUCAAUACUUAGUCUUCUUUCUGUUCUUACAAAAUGAAUCUUGUUCUGAGUCAACUAUUAUUUCACGCCCAGCAACAUCAGCAUUGUGGGGAAUUAGAAUAAAAGAUAUGGUAAAGUGACGAAGGUAGAACUCCACCAUAAUGUUCUCGCAGAUGUAGUCAGUAGACGUUUGAGAUGAUAGAUUUUUUGUAGUUAUGUAGAAGCGCCGCAAGCGCCGUUGAUAUUUCAAAAUUCUUGUUGUCAUAGGAAACUCGAAUUAUUCUUCAUUGGUAAAAAUUGGGUCGUCUUUGUUGUUACGAACAGUGAAUAGCAAAUUUGAAGAGCUUCUUGCCUCUUCGAUGACGAUGUGGUUCAAAAAAUCUUCCAUGUAAACUAUGUAUCUUCAAACGACGAGUUACAAAAUAUUUGUAUGUACAUCAUCAGCAAUUGAUUUCGUAAUACAAAACGAACCGAUUCAGCAUAAAUAGUUUCAGCUUGAGCUGCAAUGGUCAUUGGAGAUUGGAAAAUGAAACCUAAUCAUGUGCACAGACUACUUGGACUUGAAUAUGCUUGUUACUUAUUUACAUUGAAAAAAAUAGGCAGACAAAU